GAACCGGAAGUGCCCGCGGAGUCGGCCCAGGCCCCGCGGAGUCGAAGCGCCGCGGCCCAGCCAUGAGCCGGCCGCCGGCUCUGCAGGCGCAGACCUGCGGUCCCUGGGAGAUGAAGGAGCGCCUGGGCACCGGCGGCUUCGGCAACGUCAUCCGUUGGCACAACAAGGAGACCGGCGAGCAGGUGGCCAUCAAACAGUGCCGGCAGGAGCUGAGCCCGCGCAACCGCGACCGCUGGGCGCUGGAGAUUCAGAUCAUGAAGAGGCUGAACCAUCCAAACGUGGUGGCUGCCCGUGAUGUUCCUGAGGGAAUGCAGAAGCUUGCACCAAAUGAUUUACCGUUGCUGGCCAUGGAGUACUGCCAGGGUGGAGACCUCCGCAAGUACCUGAAUCAGCUGGAGAAUUGCUGUGGUUUGCGGGAAGAAGCUAUUCUCAUCUUACUAUCUGAUAUUGCCUCUGCUCUCAGGUACCUUCAUGAGAACAGGAUCAUCCACAGAGACUUGAAACCAGAGAACAUUGUGCUGCAGCAAGGAGAGCAAAGGUUAAUACACAAAAUCAUUGACCUUGGAUAUGCUAAGGAGUUGGAUCAGGGUAGCUUAUGCACAUCCUUUGUUGGGACACUACAGUACUUGGCUCCAGAGCUGCUGGAACAGCAGAAGUACACGGUUACAGUGGAUUACUGGAGCUUUGGCACACUGGCUUUUGAAUGCAUUACAGGCUUCAGACCAUUCCUACCCAACUGGCAGCCAGUACAAUGGCAUACAAAAGUGCGACAGAAGAGUGAGCUGGAUAUUGUUGUUUCAGAAGACUUAUCUGGAGAAGUCAAAUUUUCCAGCAGUUUACCCUGCCCAAACAAUCUAAACAGUGUUUUGGCUGGGAAACUGGAGAAAUGGCUGCAACUCAUGUUAAUGUGGCACCCACGGCAGAGAGGUACAGAUCCUGUGUAUGGGCCCAAUGGGUGUUUCAAAGCUUUGGAUGACAUCUUGAAUUUGAAGUUACUGCAUGUUUUGAAUAUGGUUACGGGAACUGUGCACACCUACCCUGUGACAGAGGAAGAGACUCUGCAAACAGUGAAGGCCAGGAUCCAGUCAGAUACUGGGAUCCCAGAGCAGGAUCAGGAGCUCCUGCAGGAGGCUGGUCUUGCAUUGUUUACUCAGAAGCAUACAGCUGAUAGCAAGGUGAAUGAUGCUGCAGUUGCAGACACAGACCUCCUCUUCCUCUUUGAUAAUCAGAAAGUUUCCUAUGAGGCUCAGGUUGCCUUGCGACCUCAUCCGGAAAGUGUUGACUACAUCCUUCAGGAUCCAAAGAAGAAUCUGCACUUUUUCCAGCUGCGGAAAGUUUGGGGUCAGAUCUGGCACACAAUCAGGAUGCUGAAAGAGGAUUGUAACCGGCUGCAGCAGGGACAGCGAGCAGCCAUGAUGAAUCUAUUGCGUUACAACAGUACUCUCUCAAAGAUGAAGAAUUCUAUGGCCUCCCUUUCCCAGCAGCUGAAAGCAAAACUGGACUUUUUCAAAACAAGCAUUCAGAUUGAUCUUGAGAAGUAUAAAGAGCAGAUUGAAUUUGGAAUUACUUCUGAGAAGCUGCUCUUUGCCUGGAAAGAGAUGGAGCAAGCUGUGGAACUUUGUGGUCGGGAGGAUGAUGUGGAUGAGCUAGUGAAGAGAAUGAUGGCCUUGCAAACAGAUAUUGUGGACCUUCAGAGAAGCCCACUGGGUCGUAAACAAGGAGGAACACUGGAGGAUUUAGAAGAACAAGCCAGAGAGUUGUACCGGAGACUGAGAGAGAAACCAAGAGAUCAGAGGACAAGUGGUGACAGCCAAGAAAUAGUACGGUUGCUCUUACAAGCAAUCCAGACCUUUGAAAAAAAAGUCCGAGUCAUUUAUGCUCAACUCAGCAAAACUGUAGUUUGCAAGCAGAAGGCACUGGAAUUGUUCCCCAGAGUGGAGAAAGUGAUGAAUCUCAUGAAUGAAGAUGAAGAAACAGUUGUAAGGCUUCAGGAGAAACGACAGAAAGAACUGUGGAACUUACUGAAAAUUGCUUGUAGUAAAGUACGUGGUCCUGUUAGUGGCAGUCCAGAGAGCAUGAACAUGUCACGUCUUAAUAGCCCUGGUCAGCUGCUGCUGCAGGUCCCUUCUGGAACCUACGCCUUACCAGAAUCUGUCAGGAAAAGUGAGGAGCUACUGCUGGAAUCACAGAAACUGUGUAGCCAACUAGAAAACGUGAUGCAUGACACGAUGAAGGAUCAGGAGCAGAGCUUUAUGGCUCUCGACUGGAGCUGGCUUCAGCUUCAGGCAGAAGAAAGAAGCAGUCCAGAACAAACCCAUAUGUAAAAUCACCUCAACUGCCUU